UUCCUGGUCACAUGAUCGGGAAACGCUCUAUGCGUCGUCUCCCUAACCACCCUCAGCAAUUCUGGGCAGACCUCUGGUGUUUACCUUGCGGAGAAGAGGGCUCCAUUUCUGUCUUUUUCUCCUUGCCACGAUGUCACUGUGGGGCAACAGAGACAAGAAAAAACAAUUGCUGUUUGCCUGCCCCAAUUGAGAGGCUUUCUGCAAGGACUACAAUGGCACAGCAACGUGGGGUCAACAGCCUGCGCUUCAACCAAGACCAAAGUUGCUUCUGCUGUGCAAUGGAGACUGGGGUUCGUAUCUAUAACGUGGAACCUCUCAUGGAAAAAGGACACCUUGACCAUGAACAAGUGGGCAGUGUGGGUUUGGUGGAAAUGCUACACCGAUCGAAUCUUCUAGCCAUUGUGGGUGGAGGUGGCAAUCCGAAAUUCUCUGAGAUCUCAGUCUUGAUCUGGGAUGAUGCCCGGGAAGGGAAGGAAGGCAAAGACAAGCUGGUUCUGGAGUUCACCUUCACCAAGCCGGCACUAGCUGUCCGCAUGAGGCAUGACAAAAUAAUCAUUGUGCUGCGGAACCGGAUCUAUGUCUACUCUUUCCCUGACAAUCCCACUAAGCUCUUUGAGUUUGACACCCGGGACAAUCCCAAAGGACUCUGUGAUCUCUGUCCCAGCAUGGAGAAGCAGCUUCUGGUUUUCCCUGGACACAAAUGUGGCAGCUUGCAGCUAGUGGAUCUUUCCAGUACCAAGCCUGGGACCUCAUCUGCUCCGUUUACCAUCAAUGCCCAUCAGAGCGAGAUUGCCUGCAUCUCCCUCAACCAGCAGGGCACCGUUGUGGCCUCAGCCUCUAAGAAAGGGACUCUCAUCCGCCUCUUUGACACACAGACCAAGGAGAAGCUCGUGGAGCUCAGGAGAGGGACUGACCCAGCUACCUUGUACUGCAUUAACUUCAGCCACGACUCUUCCUUCCUCUGUGCUUCCAGUGACAAGGGAACGGUCCACAUCUUUGCCCUAAAGGACACCCGCUUAAACCGCCGUUCAGCAUUGGCGCGUGUGGGAAAAGUUGGGCCCAUGAUAGGUCAGUACGUGGAUUCUCAGUGGAGUCUGGCCAGCUUCACGGUGCCAGCCGAGUCCGCCUGCAUCUGUGCUUUUGGCAGAAACACCUCCAAGAACGUCAACUCAGUCAUCGCUGUCUGCAUAGAUGGCACCUUCCACAAAUAUGUCUUCACACCUGAUGGCAAUUGCAACCGCGAGGCCUUUGAUGUCUACUUGGAUAUAUGUGAUGAUGAUGACUUUUGAGGAGAACUCAGCCAACCAUGGGUAGACAGAAUCUUGUUGGAUUCCAGGAACGUCUGGUCGCGCUGCUUAGCUGCGGUUAUGCUGAGUGCCUAGACUGGGGAAGAAAGGCACGCAGAAAUUUUGCUGGACUCUUCUGGAGAAAUGUGAUAGAGGAUAUUCAGAAAGCACUUUUAUUCUUCAUUUCCCUCUGCUGCUAUCUUGGGUGUCCAGUUUUUGCAGGUUUGUUUCCCCUGGGACCACAGAAAGUUUGGGUUUUGUGGAGAAAACUCAAAGCUCUUUUGGAAGGAGAGGCAAUAUCCUUGCAACCAGCUAUGUCUGGAUGUUCCCAGAUUUUGAUAGAUAUUUUUGUGGAGGAGGAGGAGGCAACAGUUUAUUAAAAUUUCAAAUGCAAAUUAUCCUGGUGUGUUUUAUUGACAAUCUGUGAUCAGUGAAGGGUGGAUGACAGAUGCCUUUCAACUGAAAGGUGAAUAUGUGCAAGCAGACUAAUUAAUAUAAUAAGUAGAGAAUGCUAUUACUCAUUUAAAAGGAAGACAAUUCAUAGAUAAUCUUAAAUGUCAUUGUAGAAGAAGUUUG